UAUAGAAUGGAAAUGGUCAAUAAAAGAAAAUAGGCAGUCAAUCAAGGUCUCCACUUUUUUUUACUGUCUUCACUCUCUCACUGUAAGCGCCACUCCUCGCCGGAUUUUUUCAUUUUCAGCAGAGUUUGAUUGUAAAAAUGAGUUCAAGAGGGGGCGGAAAGCCUUCAAAUGCUGGUGUUGGUAGCAAUUCGUCCUCCAAGGGGAAAAAUGUUUCUGAAGUCUCUAUCCCUAAGGUUGAGCAAUUGAGUCAAAGUGUGGCAGACAUCAGUCUACGUGCUGCAGAGGAUGAUGGACAAUGGGAGGUCAUUGCUAGAAAGAGCAAGAACAAAGCUGGAAGCGGUGCAGCAAAGCCCUGGGGUUCUCAGAAUUCUAAUUCUAAAGCAUGGGGACAUCAAGAUACAGUACAGAAGGUAGGCAUGUGGAAUAAUAGUGGAUCAGGGAAGAUGUCAGGCAGUACUUUGCCUUCUCAGACUUCGGAUUCUAGGAGACCAGCUGGCAGAGAAAAUUCCAGGCCUCAGCCAUAUAACAAGGGCACAGAGAAUAGCUACAUGGCCCCACAACCUGCUAUUCCACCACCUCUGGAGCAUGGAUGGAAUUGGCAAUCUAGAGUCGGUGCUGCUGCACCAAAGACUGAAGCUUUGGAUGCAGAAAAGGAAAAUGAUGUCGAUGAUGAAGGUGACGAAGAUGAUGGCUUUGAUGAUUCAGAUGAUGAGCUUCUAAGUGAGGAUUAUGAUUCUGAUGAUAGUGAAAAGAGCCAUGAGACUCGCAAGAAGAACAGAUGGUUCAAGAAAUUUUUUGAUAGUUUAGAUAGUUUGACCAUUGAAGAGAUUAAUGAACCGGGUAGGCAGUGGCACUGUCCAGCAUGUCAAGGCGGUCCUGGUGCUAUUGACUGGUUCAGAGGCUUGCAGCCCCUUAUGUCUCAUGCAAAAACUAAGGGAUCAAAAAGAGUGAGGCUACAUCGGGAGCUGGCAGAACUUUUGGAUGAGGAAUUGAACAGAAGGGGAACGUCUGCUAUUCCAUCAGGGGAGAUAUUUGGCAAGUGGAAAGGACUAAGAGCUGAGGAGAGUGACCAUGAAAUAGUUUGGCCUCCGAUUGUUAUUAUUAUGAAUACAAAACUUGAACAAGAUGAUAACGAUAAAUGGCUUGGAAUGGGCAAUCAAGAGCUUCUUGACUAUUUCAGUGGGUACGCUGCAAUGAAGGCUAGACAUUCAUAUGGUCCACAGGGACAUCGCGGAAUGAGCCUUUUAAUAUUUGAGAGCUCUCCGAGGGGUUACUUUGAAGCUGAACGUCUGGAUAAGCAUUUUGCAGACCAAGGAACAGAUAGAAAUGCUUGGGAUCGUCGGCGGGUCUUAUUUCAUCCUGGUGGCAAGCGGCAACUUUAUGGUUACAUGGCAACAAAAGAAGACUUGGACAUCUUCAAUAGGCAUUCACAAGGAAAGACAAAGCUGAAAUUCGAGAUGAGAUCUUACUUUGAAAUGGUAAGGGAUGCAAUUAACCGGAUGAGUGAGGAUAACCAGCAACUUGAAUAUUUGAAAAAUAGAGUUGUAAAAGAACAAAGACGCACCAAGACACUUGAAGAGUCUCUUGAAAUAGUGUCUGACAGGCUGCGGAAGACUGCAGAGGAAAACCGCAUUGUAAGACAGAGAACUCAAAUGCAUCAUGAACAGAGUCAGGAAGAGCUGGAUUACCAAGAGCAAUUUUUCAAGGAGCAACUCAAGAUUAUUCAUGAAGCAAGGAAUGCGAAGGAAGAAGAUUUUGAGAAGCUGCAACAGAAGGAACGGGAGAAAGCAAACCAGCUAGGUGCAAAUCCAGCCAAUACCGAAGAAUACAGAAGCAGGGUGAAUAAAAAGGAAAAGUUCAUCCAAGUACAAGAGAAGGAAAUUAAUGCCUAUGUGUCGGAGAGGGACGGUCUUAUCAAAGGCCACGAGGUGAAAUUUGCUGCCAUGAAGAAGAAGCACCAAGAAGAAGAGUUGGAGCUCGAGAAAGUUUUUGAUGCUGAAUUGGCAUCCUUGAUGGAGAGGUACAACCCUGUGCACAUAGAAGGAUCAACUUCACUUUGAUGUAAUCAAGGGGCAAGGGAAUAGAGAAAUACCAAACUUUUAACAACUUAAAAUCAAGAUUCAAGACAUGUUAAUGUUUUUCUUGUCUGAACACUAAAUCAUAGGAAAAUACCUGAAGAAAAAGCCAAUGCCUUUUCAAAAUUGGUUAGGAAUUGUUUUGAUGAGGUAUUGUGACUGAUCAAUGAAGCUGUAGUAGCAUGGCAAAACUUUUAUAUGGUUAGAAGGUUGAGACUGGCCUCUGCAUUACUCUCUUAUGAUUUUACCUUCAGCUAGCAUUGCUAUGUUUGCGCUA